AUGAGCACGGUACCUAAAAGCAAUAACAGGGUGAUAGUUUUGUACUUUAAAGCAGUGAGCCUGACUUUAAGCCAAGUGGGGAAUGAUAGCAGUUAUCCAGAAUAUUCUUGUUCUGAGGAUGAUGAUAGUUAUGUGGAUCAUACUUGUACUGACAAUGAUCCUAAUGCAGAGGAAAAUGAUGAGUCAGACAGUGCACUUACCUGCCCAAGUAGCUCUUCAAGUGAAGAUGAAGCACUAGGUGAACUAAGAAGGAAGAGGAACAUAAUGCCAAAAGGUGAAGAUUUCAAACUUGAAAUUGAUAAGGCAAACCCAGGAUUCAAAGUGGGUUUAAAGUUUGCUACUGCUAAGAUGUUUAGAAAAGCUGUGAGGAUAUACUCCAUUAAUUGUGGAAGGGAGUUGAUAUUUAUGAAUAAUGACUGUAACAAAAUAAGAGUAGUAUGUGAAGAGGGCUAUCCUUUUGUUAUCCAUGUUUCAAGUGUUAGUGGUCGCACUUACCUACAGGGGAAAACUUUUAAUCCUACACAUGUUUGUAGUAAGGGGAUUAAAAAUAGAGAGUUUCACUAA